AUGGUUGAGCCACCAUGGUUACGCGCCAUGCCUGUUGAGCAUUCCCGCCCGGACCCCUCGGCUUCCCCAUCCCAAACAUCCCUACGCAUAAAUGAUCCUGACCCGCCCCUGCAAUCCGUUCAACUUCCCCCAGAAAUCAUAGACUAUGUCGACGCAGCACGCAAUCCGGACAUUUACACGCGAGAAUUCGUCGAACUUGUACAACGUGGCAACCAGGAUUUGAAAGGAAAGGUGCAGGCCUUUGCUAGUUUCCGGGACAUUCUCGCGAGGGAGAUGGCGAGCGCGAUGCCCGAGUGUAAAGGGGAGGUUGAGAGGGUGCUGAGAGUUACUGGCGGAAGUGCCAGCAGUUAA